UCUAUAGUUUAUCUUUGGGUCUCAGUUCCCUCCAAUAAUGAUUCCAGUUCACUAAUUAAAAUUUCCUCACUCACGCCCUCCAAAUAAAACCCUAAUUUUAAGAUUUCCAGCUCCCGAAUUAUUGUUCUUCGUCUUCCACCUUGAAAGGUUAUCUGGAAGUACUACGUAUGAGUUUGCGCUUUUAAAUUUGGAGUACAGUUUGUAAGACAAUGGAAACCCCAGGGCAGAAAGGGUCAGUCGCGAAGAGGCCCUUGAGGAAGAAAGCAGGGUUACGGAAUUAUGAUGAAAAUUUGAUGGAUGAGUUGAUAGAGAGUCAUUUGGGUGGUUCUUUGAAGAAAAAGUUUCGAACCAGGGAAGAAUUGGAGAAAGAGACUGAAACCGAGGCCAUGCUGGCAUUAUCUCUGGGAUUCCCGAUUGAUGCAUUACUUGAGGAUGAGAUUAAAGCUGGAGUGGUAAGAGAAUUAGGGGGAAAAGAACAGAAUGAUUAUAUUGUCGUGAGGAAUCAUAUCCUUGCGAGGUGGAGAAGUAACGUGAAGGUCUGGUUAUUGAAGGGACAAGUUAAAGAAACUGUGAGCAAUGAGUAUGAGCAUUUGUUAUCUGCUGCUUAUGACUUUCUGUUGUACAACGGGUAUAUCAAUUUCGGGCUUUUAACAUCACUUGCACCUCCAAUGCCAGAGUUGACUAAUGAAAGAUCUGUGAUAAUUGUUGGUGCUGGACUUGCUGGUUUGUCAGCUGCAAAGCAGCUCAUGUCUUUUGGUUUCAAGGUCAUUGUUUUAGAAGGCAGGAAUCGUCCUGGAGGGAGAGUUUAUACUCAAAAGAUGGGUAACGAGGGCCAAUUUGCUGCUGUGGAUCUUGGUGGCAGUGUAAUUACUGGUAUUCAUGCUAAUCCACUCGGAGUUCUUGCGAGGCAACUUUCUAUUCCACUCCAUAAGGUUCGAGAUAACUGUCCCUUGUACGGAACAGAUGGGGCACCUGUUGAUAGGGAAGUUGAUCUUAAGAUUGAAUUCAUCUUCAAUAAGUUGCUCGAUAAAGUCAUGGAACUUAGGAAAACCAUGGGUGGAUUUGGAAAUGAUAUUUCUCUAAGUUCAGUUUUGGAGAGACUUAGGCAAUUGUAUAAUGUGGCUAGAACUAAAGAAGAGAAGCAACUGCUUGAUUGGCACUUCGCCAACCUGGAAUAUGCAAAUGCAGGAUGCCUUUCAAAUCUGUCAGCAACAUAUUGGGAUCAGGAUGAUCCUUAUGAAAUGGGUGGGGACCACUGCUUGCUAGCUGGAGGUAACUGGAGAUUGAUCAAUGCCCUAUGCGAAGGAGUUCCAAUAUUCUACGGGAAAACUGUAAACACUAUUAAGUAUGGGAGUGAAGGAGUUAAAGUGAUUGCCGGAGAGCAAGCGUUUGAAGCAGAUAUGGUGCUCUGUACUGUGCCUCUUGGAGUCUUGAAGAAAAAAAUUAUCAACUUUGACCCAGAGUUACCAACAAAUAAGCUUGCAGCGAUUGAUAGAUUGGGUUUCGGUAUGCUUAAUAAAGUCGCAAUGGUCUUCCCUCAUGUGUUUUGGGGAGAAGAAUUGGAUACUUUCGGAUGUCUCAAUGAGAAUAGCAAUAAGCGUGGAGAGUUCUUUUUGUUCUAUGGAAACCACACUGUUUCUGGAGGUGCAGUUCUUAUUGCGUUGGUGGCUGGAGAAGCUGCACAAAUGUUUGAAGAUACAGAUCCAUGUACUGUACUCCACCGAGUUCUAAGCAUUUUAAGAGGCAUAUAUAAGCCAAAAGGCAUCGAUGUUCCUGAUCCCGUACAAACAAUUUGUACUAAAUGGGGAAGUGACCCUUUUAGUUAUGGUUCAUAUUCUCAUGUUAGGGUACAGUCAUCUGGUAGUGACUAUGAUCUACUUGCAGAAACAGUUGGGGAGCGACUGUUUUUUGCUGGUGAGGCCACAACUAGGCAAUAUCCAGCUACGAUGCAUGGCGCCUUCUUGAGCGGUUUAAGAGAAGCUUCUCGCAUUUUAAAAGUCAGCAAAAAUUGGCAAAACAAUUUGAGGAAGUCCAUUCCGAGGAACGUUGGAGUAAGCAAUGAUGCAUUACUAGAUCUAUUUAAGAGACCUGAGGUGGAAUUCGGAAAUUUUUCGUUGGUAUAUAAUCCCUUCACGGAAGACCCAAAAUCAAUGGCGAUAUUGAGAGUAACAUUUGAUAAUUGUGAAGAUGAUCUGAAGAAACAAUUAGCCAAUGGCUUUGAAAAUCAUUUGAACCUACCGUUGCAGCUUUACGCAGUAUUAAAUCGUGAUCAUGCACUUAAGUUACAAGAGAUGGCAGGAAGUGACAAAGAAAAGGUGUGGUAUUUGAUUAAAGUCAUGGGUUUGAAACUAAUGGGACACAGUGCAGUGGUAAAUGCGAGUGGUGUCUUGAUUUCUAGCAUUGUUACUGCACGAAGAGGGCGUGGCAAGAAAAUAAUCGCUGGACAACAUAGUUCCGCUUAGAGGUGAAAUGGCACGGAAAUAUGUGGAUGCAAAGGCCGAUUAGAUCUGACGUGGCUUAAAUCUCUCAGGUACACACUCAUGUAUAUAGUCUAGCUAUGUAGGUUAACUUAUUUGAAUCAGCUUAAGGGUUAGUGUAGUGUAGGUUAAAGCCAAUUGCUGCAGGAAAAUCAUUUAAGUAAAAUUUGAAGCAUUACCAAAUUGAAAAAUGUUGUAUUCUAUGAACCUUUGAUAGUAGCAGACAACUAGAAAUCCCUAUGCUGUGCUCAGUAACUGGCCUUUUCAAUUUUCCAUACAGCAUAAGUUCUGUUUGACUUAGUUUUUCUAGAA